AUGGCUUUAAACACCUACCUCUGCUCAAUGCAGGGGGAGACCUUAGGCGGCAUAGCGGCUGCAGACAGCAAGAUGCACAUGAAGGUGAUCCAGCGUUUUCACCUUGUUACUCCCGCAAUGACUGCAUUGCCACGCAGGUUGGAGGCACUGCAUGUAGUCUUCCAGGCCUUGACUGAAAUUUUCAAUGCCUCCACCGGCUGCCACAGGCUGGUUUACAAGCUGGCAGCAGCUGGUGCUGACGUGCAUAGAACCACUACCACUCUCUACACUACACUCGCCAACAUCACCUCUCCCCUUUCGCACUUGGAACCAUAUACAGCAACAGCAUCCCCGCCGCCCCUACCCGGCCUGUCACUAUCGCUAUUUAGUGACACCGCCACCUGGGGCUCUGGCCCUCUGAUACCUAAGGAACUGUCAGAAGGUUACAAGCGAUAGAAAUAAAAUUAUAGAGUGGGCUGGAACACCCGAAGAUGGAUAUAUUGGUUAAAAUGUGAGAGAGUGCGGAAAGGCACUAAGCAAGUAGAAAAAU